AUGAUUUCUCAUAUUGAAAAUGAUGUUGGAAACAGUAAUUUUAUUACCACUUAUCUUCUUACUGACACACAAAUUGAAUUCGAAGUGAAUAGUACGACGGAAUCUUUUAAAAACAGUGCAUCUGCUCGAAUAGUUAUGUUCUUAAGCUAUUUAAGAACAACUAUACGGGGGAACUACUUAGUGUCAGCUCUUAAUACAAAUUUAAUAGCUGAAAUACCCACCGACUGGAAUAGGAUUGAUAUAACUGGAUUCUCAGUGGGGUAUCGUUGUACAAGUGGAGAUGUGUCCUGUAAUCGGGAUAAUCCAACCAGUGCAGCUACUCUCAAUCCUCUGUUAAAUGAUUACAUGACUAGGGAACGUAUACAGACAUUCGAAUCGAUGCCAAAUUCUACAAUUGUCAAUGGAUUUUUUGCAGCAUGUACUCCUCUCGAAGCUCUUCUUCAGAGUACACUCGAUUGUUUAUAUGAAAUCGAGUGUCUGCACUUAUUAUCCGAUUAUUUUCCAGUUCUUAAUCAUAUGGAUGUUAACUGGACCGACUCUGUUCUGACUUCGAAACAACAAAAUCUUUCUGUGAACGACUAUUUCAAUAAUCUUUUUAUUGAAGAAUGGUUGCCACAAAUAAAUUAUUCAGAGUAUUUUAAUGAAUGUCAACCUUCAGUCUGUACAUACACGGCAACAGAUCGAGCUAAUAUUUCAUAUGCAAUUACUCUUUUCAUUAGUCUAUAUGGUGGUCUCGUGAUAAUACUUCGUUUAAUUGCAUCAUUUUUGGUAAGUGUCUCAUUAAAAUUCAAACAUCGUUCAAGAAACGCACGUAUGCAUUUCGGUUCAAUUAUUGUGCUUCUUCUCUUCAAUUCAUUGAGUACUCAAACAGCUAAGGUGACUAUUCCAAAUCCGUCAUUAGAUAUGUAUGAAAAUUUACAAACGUUACACUCAACUACACUCAGUUGUCCUUGUUCAACUAAGACAAUCUCUUAUCGUUCAUUUGUUUCAUUAUCUCCAACAUUGCAUCAAGUGUGUUCAAGUGGUUUUGUUACUGAUGAUUGGUUUACUUUAUUACAAAGAAGUAUCAAUAUAUAUUAUCCUAAUGAUUGGCGUAAUCGAGCUCAGACACAAUUCCAAUUGUUGUUUGGCUUUUGUCAACGGGCUAAUAAAACGAUUGAUGAUAGUGUUGAUCGUUUUCUGAAGCAGUUCUUUAUCGCUUCAACUGUAUUUAAUGAAAACGAUUUCGAUACACAACUGAAUGUAACUCUCAGACAAUUUUAUAAUUCCACGACUUUUGACUGUAAUCUUCAGAACGACGUUGUAUCAUUUAUUUUACCUGGCAUUCCAGAAAUCAAUUCGACAGUGCUCACAUGUGUUUGUUCAACUGACCCUCAUUGUCAAGGUUCAAACGUCAUUUAUACUCCUGAAUUGGUUGGUGGCAUUAAUGUUGAUCCGAUAACAGCUAAACGUCUUGGUCGAUGGGCAACUCGUCUGUAUAUUGCUUUAUUUAUCUGUGGUCUUAGUAUUCUUACAGUAUAUAACCUAAUUCAACCACAAAUGAUGACGAAAACGUUUGAUAAACCGUCUUUCAAUGUUUACAAGAAUCUGAAAAAGCUUUAUGGCGAUGAAUUAAAAUGUCCAUGUUCAGUAAUUGCAUCAGUAUAUAGUCAGUUUAUAGAAAUUGAGCCGAUAUUUCAUGAGAUCUGCUCGAGUCCAUUCGCAUCGAAACAAUGGCGAACUGAUCUUACAGCUGGUCUUGCUGCUAAUUUGUCGAUUUAUACACGAAGAGACUAUCGUCGUUUUCUUUCUGCUCAUCUACAAUUUCUCGAAGGAUUAUGUCAACUUUCCAUGAAUGCAGUGAACAAUUCGAUCAAUCAAUUUCGUACCUCAUUACUUGUCACUUCUGAACUUCUUUCAGAAACAAAUUUUAAUCAAACACUUGAAGCGUUGAUGGAACAGAGUAAAUCAAAUGCUCCUACAACAUUCCGUCAUCUUCUUUCUUUAAUUCGAACUGUCACUCAUGGAAAUGCUUUCAUGUCAACAUAUGGAACAACUUUCGAAUACAUUGUAUCCAAGGAUACGACUGAUAAAUUUUAUGCGCCCACUCGAGCUCUAAUCUAUGAUGAUGAAUGUUCUUGUGGGUUAUGUUCAAAUUGUACAACUCAAGCAAAUUUUAUUAUAUCCAAUUCUUCUAAAAUAAUUUCAAUUCCAGUUAAAGGUUUAAAAAUAGGAUGUACGCCAAGUGAAUCAUUUCGUGCUUCGACUCUUGAAUGUUUUUAUGAUAGUUCAUGUAUUAAUCUCAUUCAAAAAUAUACUAAUUACAGCAAUUCUCAUCAUCCUCUCUCUAUAAUGAAGAGUCGUUUCUCAACUAACACUAAAAUAGCUGAACUUAUUGAUAAUCUAUUCAUUGAACAAUGGUCAAAUAAGACGAAUUAUACAUCUUAUUUUCAACAAUGCUUACCAUCAUAUUGUUUCUAUACUAGUGUUCCAAGAUUCAACUUACUCAAUAUAAUCACUCUUUUACUUAGUCUUCAAGGUGGUCUCGCAAUCAUUCUUAAAUGGACUUGCCCCAAAAUAGUUCGAAUUGCAUCUAAAAUAAAUGAUUAUCGAAAAAAGCAAAGGAAUACUAUUCGCCCUGUCUGUGUUCUUGAAAAAACAUCCAGUGAUAUUUCUAACACAAUCAUCGAAAAUGCUACUACAAAUACAGAGACAAAUUUAACACUAGAAACAUCUUCCACAAUUAUCGAUAGAUCAGUUCCAUGUACUUCCAAGGUCGUCUUCGGAUGUAUACUAAUCGCUUGUGUAAUAGCAGCUUUGAUUAUUUUUUCAUUUUAUACCGUGCGACAAGCUUCCUCGAUCAAUACGACAAAUGAUACUAAUUUGAAUCCAACAACAAAUACAACAAUGUCAACAUUUUCAAGCACAGCAAGUCAGUAA